UUCUCCCCACGAGCUGUCACGCUGACAGAGAAGAGGAGAGCCGGUAAUCAGCAUUCCUCAGAGGGGACAUGAGCCCUGAUCAGCGCCGCCCGUCAGCGCCAUAUAUGAGUGCUGCCUUUCAGUGCCCAUCAGUGAUGCCUGUCAAUGCCCAUCAAUGCCACCUACCAGUGCCUCCUCAUCAGUGCCGCCUAUCAGUGUCCAUCAGUGCAGCCUCAUUAGCGCACAUCAGUGAAGGAGAAAAAUCACUUAACUACAAAAUUUUAUAA